AAUGUAAGUUGACAUUGUGAAAGGAGAACUGUAGCUAGACUCUUUAGUACAAGCCUUAUAUGCUGCCAAGAUUUUGGGAGGGAGGCAUCAGAAAUUUAGCUUCUUACAAGCUCCACUCCGGUCGUCUCUAAGCUAACAGCAGGCUGCAGAUAGCUAGUAUGACUACUGAGGUGAUGGAGAAGAAGCUGUACGAUGCAUGUUAGAUGUAGAUGCGUUGGAGGCACUGAUACAAGGAGAUAAAUUUAUUCUUGCUCGAGUUUCCUUGUCUUCUACCUUUAACCAAACACCCUUGCAUCUAGCUUCUAUGUUAGGUCACGUUGAAUUUGUUAAGUCUCUCCUUUCUUAUAAGCCUGACGUUACAAAAAAUCUAGAUCUGCAAGGUCGUUGUGCCCUUCAUUUGGCAUCUGCGAACGGAUAUCCGGAUAUCGUUAAGCUCCUGAUAGAGUAUGAUGAGAACAUGUGCCGACUUUGUGACGAGGAUGGAAGGACCCCUCUUCAUUUGGCAGUGUUUAAAGGCCAAGAUGAGUGUGUUAGUGAGUUGCUAAAAGUGAACUCUGAGUCUGAUCAGGAAAGGACCAUGUUGCACUUGUGUAUCAAGUAUAAUCGUUUGAAUGUUCUUAUUUCUAUUCUAGAACCGAAUGAUCAGGACUUGUCAAACAUCAAACAAGACGAUGGGAAUACUUUGUUACACUCUGCAACAGUUUUGGGACGAAUGCAGAUAAUAAAAUACCUAGUCAAGUGUAGAAGUGAAGUGGACGUGAAUUCUGUGAAUGAAAAUGGUCUCACCGCUUUGGACAUGAUAGAGCAGAUGCCCAAAGAUGUGAAAAGCAAGGACAUCAGGGAGUUUCUUAUCUCAGCUGGUGCUUUGAGGGCUCAAGAAAAUCAAGCAGAAACCGUGGCUAGCCGCCUGAAUCCUGCAGUAGACAGAGUAGUUUACAGUAACAGGGAAACCUCCAGGCAUAGUCAGCUAGGAAUGAUAUUCAAGGCGUUCAAAAGGUCUAGCGCCUUUCAUGAAAAAGUGAAAGAGAAAGACGAUUCCUUACUUGUAGGAGCAUCUGUUAUUGCUGCUAUGGCUUACGCAGCAGCUCUCAGCCCUCCCGGUGGUGUUGCUGCAAUUGAUGCCGCUCCUUUAUCAGAUGGUACCGACGACCCUUGGUCAGUAUUUUAUUACCUUCCACCAGGAGGUUCGGUUCUAGCCUACUUCUGGCCAGGUUUGAGUAAUGUCUUUUGGAUAGCUAACACACUCUCGUUCAUCAGUGCUCUGACUGUGAUAUUUCUCUAUGUAAACGGUUCAAUGAGAAGGAAGAUUGUAGUUUUUGCUACACGGAUGGCCAUGUGGAUAACACUCACCACGAUGACUACCGCCUAUGUUUGUGCACUGGUAGCCACCAGCCCAGCAUAUAAUUCAAAGAACAUAAGCAAAUCGUACAAGCAUAACAAAACAAUUCUGGCACUUGUAGUCAUACUGUGUAUUUGGAACGCAAUGAUUUUUGUGAUCUUGUUUAAAGCUUUUCGUGCUUCCUACCACUUGUUGUCGAGGACAAUUAUAAGAGCCACUUUCACAACCCAAAGUAAUCAUAUUGUGUGAUAAAUCUUUUCUAUAGCGUUUUCAAGUCUCUUUUUAUGUUCAUACCCUAUAUUGCAGUUCUUUGUUUUGCCUUGCCCUAGCUUCUGUAAUUGGCCACACUGGUAUCUUGAUGUAUCUUAAUAAUAUUGCAAUGUAGCAAGCUA